AUGGCGCCAGCCGCCCCCCUCCCUUUCUCAUGCCUCCACAGGCAGGUGGACCUGCACUCCAGAGGCCUGGGGGGGGGGUCCCUCCUCUCCCACCCCUGUCCUUCGCCUAAGGCCAGCCGGCCAGCCUGCCUGCCUUCCUGGACCACCUCCUCCAAGUACUGUACGGAUCUGCCUUCUUUGCUUUUGUACGUGAUAAUAAAGACCAAGAGUGGCUCCUGCUUCUCCCCUUUUUCAGUUGGGGGAAGGAGGGUCUGCAGAGGGGAACACACUGGGGGGUGGGGGCUCUGGGCUUGUUCAGAUUUGCCCCGGCUGGGCAGAUGGCAAGGGGGUCACUUCCUUCAGCACAGCGUGUUCAAGGUGUCACUCUCAGUUUGAAUGGCAGUCUUCCCAUUUAGAAGACCAUAUAAUAAAACAGGCGACUCCUGUGUAGUAUUAUGUGAUACCAUAUAAUAAUACAAGUGUGAAAAUCGGACGGGGGGGGGAGCACCCUUUAAAUGCUCUUUCUGCCGCUCUCUCCCAAGGAUGUAGAGUUCCAAAAUUAUCCACAACUCGAACUGAGGCUCUGGGUCUGGCUGGACUCUUCUCUGCCCUCACUGAAAUCCCCUUCAGACUCUGGGGAGGGUCUCCUCAAGAGCCAAGAGGACUUUCUAGCUUUCUCCCUCCAUUUCUGGAUAUGGAUUAUAUUAUUUAGAUAAUCACUUAUUUGGCGAUCCCUCGUAGCUGAGUAAGAUAGUCUUCCAUAAACACGGUUUUAACAAGGAGUCCGUAAGUGACUGUGGAGGCCAAUUCUGGAUCCACACAUCCUUCCACAGUGGGGACAUUGGUUUCCAGGCAGGAGUUGACCACGGUGAGGGAUUGCCAAGUGUGCCGUCUUCCUCUUAGCACCUUUCUCCCUUGCGUCCUGAGUUUGAGCAUCUUCAAAGCCCAUGACACCUUUGGUCAAGGCUGUUCUCCGAUUGGAGCACUCGUAGGCCAGUGUUUCCCAAUUGUUGGUGUUUAUACUACAUUUUUUAAAGAUUUGCCUUGAGAGAGUCUUCAAACCUCUUUUGUUGACCACCAGCAUUAUGAUUUCCAUUUUUAAGUUCAGAAUAGAGUAGUUGCUUUGGAAGACGAUCAUCAGGCAUCCACACAACAUGACCAGUCCAACGAAGUUGAUGUUGAAGAAUUAGUGCUUCGAAACUCAUCAACUUUGCUUCUUCCAGUACACUGGUAUGUUCAUAUAUGCAGCUGCGCACUAGUUGAUUGCACACAGGUUUAUGGGCAGACACCUGUGUACCAAUACCUGCAAUGGGAAAAUACCUUUGAUUAUAAGGAAGGUCAACCUCCAGCCUGAUGGAAGAGAAGAGCUUUUCUGGUGAAGGACGUGGAUGAUGCAGUCCUAAAAAAGAACUAGGCGCCCCAUUGAAGUCAGGAAGACCCCCUGGUGGUGCUAGACUCCCACUGCCCCUGAGUACUGGGCAGGUGGUCUGAUGGGAGUCCAGUAACCUCAGGCUCCCCCCCCCCCCGCAGUAAAGAAGGAUUGGGCAAAUGGGUGGAAGUGAAUGUCCGGCGAUGGCGGAGGGAAACCUCCAGGCGACUAUUUCAGUGUGUUGGGGCUGCCCUUGAAGACAACUCGGAAGAUUCCUGCCUGGGGUUCCCUGCAGAGCUCUCAGAACCGGUUUCAUUUCAAGGCCCACUUCAAGGUGCUCAAUUUUUAAAAAGACAUAAUGCAAAAAACAUCAAUCAUACUGAUACAAAAGGAAAACUAUAAUUGAUUGGAGGGGAAGGAAAGACCCAACAUUAAUUCCUGGGAUUUGUAUACUCACAAUCUAAGGCAUUGAGAAAUUGCUUUAUUAUACAGUCGUAUCUUGAAAGUUGAACGGAAUCUGUCCCAGAAGUCCGUUCGACUUCCAAAACAUUCAGAAACCAAAAUGCGGCUUCCAAUUGGCUGCAGGAAGCUCCUGCAGCCAAUUGGAAGCCCUGUUGGAUGUUAGGCUUCCAAAAGAACGUUCGCAAACCAGAACACACUUUUGGGAUUGCAGCAUUUGGGAGCAAAAACAUUCGAGAACUAGGCUGUUCGACUUCCUAAACCCAUAGAUCUUAGGGUGGUUAACAACACAAAAUUACAAUAUAAAAUACAGAAAAUACUUUAUCCUAAUCAUCUAAAAUAUAUCGUUUCCACGAACUUAGAUGAACCCUAUUUUUAAGGAGUGGGGUGUCUAUGUUCUAUUUCUGUUCUGCUGACGUAUAGCAAAAACAGAACAAAUAGUGUAACAAUUGUCUGCCUUGGGUUCACUCCUAGUUACUGUAGGGUUGGAAGGGUCCCCCGAAGGUCAUCUACGCCAACCCCUUGCAAUGCAAGAAUCACAGCUAAAGAAUCUCAGACAGGUGUCCUUCCAGCCUCUGCUUAAACAUCUCCAGUGAAGCCCACCCCUCUCUGAGGUUGCUGGUUAUUACUGCUGCUUGUGGGAGGGAGUUCCAUAGUUCCUUCUUUUUGCCCUGAAUCCCUCAGUCUUUGGCUCUCCUGGCUUAUCCCCCUUGGAGUGGGCACUGCUGCCCCAUAAUACUGCAUUUGUAAGAACUCUGGAGUCCCCUGCAUCUUCACUGUGUUUUCUUUGGCACCUGCUAAAAACUUUUGCUUGGCUAUGCCCAUCCAGCUGCUUAGGAAGAUGAGGUACUUUUAAUCCGUUUUAGUAUUUCAACUUUUGUCUGUUUUCGCCUAAAGUAGCCAAAUCUUCGAGUUAGUGAUGCCUGGUUGUGAAUUUCUUAGCUUACCAAGAAUUUGCGUAAACCAAAAUACAAAAUCAGUGCAUCAAUUUCAUGACUCCAGAGUUUUCUGGGAAAAGGAGACCUGCCCUUUCCCCUCCCCUAAAUCGAGCCAGCUCUUCUUCUUCUUCUUCUUCUUCCUCCUCCCUCCUCCUCCUCUUUCCUCGGCUGCUCACCCGUCGCUCGGGCGUCUCUCUCUCUCUCCCGACCAAUGGCAGCCGCGCAGGACCCUCCGGCUCCUCCCCUUGGCAUCCGGCGCCGGGAAGAAGGAAGCCGGAAGCGCGGAAGGCGGGCCGCUCUCUCUUCGGAGGACUGCGAAGUCCCGCUCUAGUGCGCAUGCUCCCUCAGCUGCUUCCGUGCCUGCGCAGUGCCGCCGCCUGGUCCUGCUCGCUCGGUCGCUGACCGGGGAGCGGAGGAAGAAGAAGAAGAAGAAGAAGAAGAGGAAGAGGCCGCCGGAGACCCGCCUGGUGAGCCCGGGGGGGGGGGGCGGGGGGGGACCCCGGGCCUCGCCUCGCGCGCCUUCCUCCUGACGUCACGCCCCGGGCAUUGCGUCACGCGGGGGCUUCCCGGGGGCCGAGACAUUUCCCCCCGGGCGGGCGGGGAGGGGGGGGCAGCCGGGGAAGAGGGGUCUCUCCCUCCCUCCCUCCCGCGUGGAGGGCGGCCUGGGGUGGGGAGGGAGGGGGUGGGGUGGGGGGUCCUCUCUCUCCCCUCCCCCCCCCCGUGGCCUCGUUUCGGGCUAAUCCGGCUCAGCCCUUCGGCCUCGCAAAGCCAGAUCAGGCGGGCUUAGCCUGGCGGGGCCGGAGGGGCGGGAGAGAAGGGGGGGAAAUGGCUCCUUUCCCCCUAUGGGGGGGCACAAGAGCCCCCAUGGAGUCCUGAUGGGGGUUCCCUAUCGGGAGGAGGAAAAUAGCAGAGGCCAAGCGGGGAAUCUUGAGAAGCGAAGCAGCUCGGAAGCCGGAUCUUUAUUAACUGCUGCAACGGGGAGGGAGGGAGGAGGAACCCCGAACAUUGGCGUGCAAGCUCUUCUUUGUAGCUCAAGACCACCCCCAAAACAGCAUGCAUACGUCACAGAAAGCGGGGGUCCCCAGCAGAAAUUGGCAUAGCUGUCAACAUUUCCCUUUUUUCAAGGGAAAUUCCCUUAUUCCGAAUAGGAUUCCUCGCAAGAAAAGGGAAAAGUUGACAGCUAUGGAAAUUGGAGUGUGUUGCUUCUCUCCUGCCUGCCUGAUCAUGUCUUGCUUGCUUGCCUUUUCUGGGUAGCCUGGCCAUUCCUUGGAGACCGUAAAUACUUAGUUCCUGAAGCAAUACUGAGAGUGUGCUCAGCUUCACAGAUUCUUGCCGGACUGUAUUUGCAGAGAGGUGCACGCCCAAAGUCCAAAGACAAUCAGGAAGCUUUCCCCAUUUCCUUCCUCCUUGCAGAGAAAUACUUGUGGUCUAUUUGGGAGAGUCAGCAUGGCUCCAGAAUUGCUCUCCUGUACUAUUUCAGACACAUGAUUUAUAUACUUGUGUAUGUGUUUGCCUUGUACAUUUACGAACAUUUAAUUUACAUAUAUAAGACCUUAGAAUUCCUGUAACAGGCAGUUGCCCGGCUGGGGGCAGCUGGUGUCCAUCUGGGUGGUUCAGCCUUUGCCUUUGCCUUCCACCCCCUGGGGCCCAUCGGCAUCUUGUGGGGCUUGGCAUGGGGAGCUGCCCUUCUCCUCCCCCUCCACCCACACUUUAAAACCUCUUAAGAAAGGUUUUCCGCAUGUGUCGUCUGUGUUUAUGGCACUUCUCUUCUGCCUUUUCCUCCAAGGAGCUCAAGGCGGGGGGCGUGGUCAGUCUUCACGACAGCCCUGUGAGGUGGGCAAGACUGGGAGAGAGAAGGAGACCAGCCCCCCAGGGAGCUUUGCGGCUGAGUUGGGCCCUGGGGCCUAGUCACUCCUCCCCAGCCCAAUUCUCUAACCACUACACUGCCAGAAAAUACUCCAACAGGGGUUGGAAGUUGCAUAUUAUUACAAAGGCACAUGUAAACACAGAAUGGUUUCUCAGUUCCUUUUUCAUAGAUUCAUAGAGCUGGGAGGGAUCCCAAGGGUCAUCUAGCCCACCCCGUCCCCCAGCGCAGGUGUUUUUUCACCCUAUGUGGGGCUCGAACCCGUGACCCUUAGAUCAAGAGUCCGAUGCUCGACCAACUGAGCUGUUCUUGAUUUUACCAUCUCAGGCUUAUCAUCUUAUACCACCACACUCCCUUUUUUAUCCUCCUGUAACGGAGGAGUGUUUGAUCUGCUGGCUGGGUGCCCCCCCGACCCUGCCCAGCCCCUUUUCCAUGCCAGGGUCCCUUCCCAGAGCCACCAAGGCUGUGCCAGGCAGAGGGCAUUUGCCAGCUUUCUGUCUCUCUGUCCUCAUGCCUCACCCCAGACUGGGCCUGAGGUCUGCUCUUUUGGGGGGAGUGGGCAGGAACCCCCCCACUCUUGAGAGUUGGAGGGAGACCUGGCUGGGCAUGCAUCCGGGGGGGGGGGUUUAGGGUCUCUUCCUCACACCCCACCCAGAGUGAGGUGAUGCUGUUUGUUGAGGUCACUUGGGUCCCACUGCCUCCCACCCCAGUGUGAUCUCUGGAGCUUGUUUGGCCUUGGCCAGGGGUCUCCUGAGACCUGGGGCCACACCCAGCCCCUCGCUUGUAGAGUCAGAAGGGACCCCCUAGGGCCAUCUAGUCCAGCCCCUCGCAAUCCCUGACCCAGUUCUUUUGUGCUACUCAAUCUAGAGCAAGAUGGCGGACGCCGGUCGGCCGCAGCGGAAGAUGUCACGGGCCGGAGAGAGUUUGUACUGCAUCCUGGGCCUGGAGAAAGGGGCUUCCUCUGAGGACAUCAAGAAGGCGUACAGGUGGGCUUCUCUCCUCUGCCCUCUGCCCGGAGGUGGGCUUGCAGGGGCUGCUCCCACUCUGCUCUCCUCCUGCCCCCAACCACAUCUGGGUUCUUCCCCAACCAUUUUUGCUGGCAGGAUUCCCAGUAGGGCGUCUGGGUGGCGGCUUUGAGAACAGGCUAACUGGGGUCUAGAUGGUCCCCCUUUGACCCAACCCAGCGGCAGGGCUCUCCACAUGGAUAGGCUAGCAGAACCUCCAUGCCCAGGGGCAGUCUACCCCUGAAUACCAGGUGUGGGGGAACCGUAGAGUUGCAAGCAGGUCCUGCUUGUGGGUCUCCCAGUGGGUGGCCACUGUGAGGGUGCUGGAAUAAAUGGACACCCCCCCAUGCCCUGACCCAGUGGGCUCUUCUUACAUUUGUACGUCAUCUGGCUUAAAUAAGGAGAAUUCCCAAUCCUAGAGGAGGCAGCAGAGACUUGUGGGGCAGGAGGGCGGCAUGCAGCUUCCUCUUGCCCCCCCCACCCCCAGGGGGGGCUCAGCCCUUGCCAGCACCUGCCCCUUCCUUCAUCUGCCCCCUUGUUUCCUGGUCACAUCGCUGCAAACGUCCCAGUCAUUGGGAGCACAGGAUGAGGCCUUCCAUUUCCCAGCUCCCUUUUCUUUAAAAAAGGCAAACAUCCUCAGCCUUUGUGCAUGUGCAGAGUGGGGGCCUUGGGCAGGCGUCUGGUGACAUCUCAGAAACUGAAGGGGGCGUCUUCUGCCCUCUGGGUGCUUAAUUUGUGUGGGGCGUCCAUUGGCCUCAGCAUCCGGGUUUCCUUGACCUGGAAGCCUUCUGUCCCCCUGGGCAUUGUGUCUCUUCUCCCUCCACCCCCCUGAGUGCAUUUGCUCCGAGUUCAAGGCAGCCUGGCUGCUCCUUUCCAGCCCGGAGAGGCGAGGCGGAUCUCAGAUAUGGGCUUCUUCCUGCCCCUUAGAUUUGGAAAUCCAGGUUUUCUCUAGCCAUUUCUCUCCAUGCUUCCGAGUUUCUGCAACCUUGUGAAGCUUUGUAUUAGAAUUCUAGAAUUGUGGAGUUGGAAGGGACCCCCUCCCCAGGGUAGGGGCAUCUAGUUCAACCCCCUGCAAGGCAGGAAUCUCGGCCAAAGCAUCCAGGACAGAGGGCCAUCUGACCUCAGAGUCUGUUCCACGAUCACACGGCUCUUCAUGUCAGAAUUCCCUUUCUUUGAAUGGAUUUUGAAUCCGUUCAUGCUUUUGAUUUCCCCUUGGGCUCCGCUUGCCCCCAACCCUGCCGCCUUGCCCUUUCAGGAAACUGGCUUUGAAGUACCACCCGGACAAGAACCCGGAGAAUCCCGAAGCCGCGGAGAAGUUCAAGGAGAUCAACAACGCCAACACCACCCUCAGCGACGAGAACAAGCGGCGGAUCUACGACGAGUACGGCUCCAUGGGGCUCUACGUCUCGGAGCAGUUUGGGGAGGAGAGCGUCAAAUACUACUUCCUCAUGUCAAAAUGGUGGUUCAAGGUGGGUGGCUGUCCUUGGGGGGGGGGGACCAAACGCCCCCCACCCCUGAGAGAUGCAGCCAAGUGCGUGUGAGUGACAGAGGACCCGUAUGGGGGUGUCAUCCCCCCAUGUAUUCCCACACACACCAGCCAGAGGUUUAGGACCUUUUGCUCGAGUUACAGCAUGUGUUUGUUAUGAAUUUGUGCUUGCCGUUAGCCUUAUGCCCACUGGCCUUCUUCUGAUCACAGAUUCAUCUCUGCUACUAGGAUUAAUCUUAAUGCCACUUCGUUUUAAACGCCCUUGCAAUUGUUCCCACUUGCUUGUUACUAUCUUUCAAUCUAUAUUUCAUAUUUUGGCCAUCAUACCUGCUAGUUCAACAUAUUCUUUUAGCUUAAACAGCCAUUGGUUCUUUGUCAGGAAGGCUUUCUCUUCCCACAUUUUUGCAUACAGUAUUUUUGUGGCUUCUAUACGCAAGUAUUGAAAUAGGUUUUGAACUUUGUCUGAUAUUUCCUGACCUACUAUUGCUAACAGCAAUGCUUCUGGUUUUUUUUUGGGGGGGGGAUGUGUACUUAAGCAUCUUCUUAAACUUGUCAGAUACAGUGGAACCUCAGAGUUUGAACGUAUAGUGGUACCUCGGGUUAAGUACUUAAUUUGUUCCAGAGGACUGUUCUUAACCUGAAGCACCGCUUUAGCUAAUGGGGCCUCCUGCUGCCGCUGCGCUGCCAGAACAUGAUUUCUGUUCUCAUCCUGAAGCAAAGUUCUUAACCCGAGGUACUAUUUCUGGGUUAGCGGAGUCUGUAACCUGAAGCGUAUGUAACCCAAGGUACCACUGUAAUCCGUUCCGGAAGUCCAUUCGAGUUCCGAAACAUUCGUAAACCGAGGAUCAAAGGGCUGGCAACAAAAUCCAUUGAAAAAAUGGAGAAACGCGCCUCGGAAGCCGUUCGACUUCCAAGGUGCGGUCGAAAACAGAAGCAUUCACUUCCGGGUUUCCAGUGUUCGGCUUCCAAAAUGUUCGGCAUCCAAGAUGUUUGAAAACCGAGGUUUGACUACUAUUUCCCAUUUUUUUGCGAAUUUGCAUUGCUGCCACAUGUGAAUUAAACAUCUCUCUGUAUCUGAACAUAUCCAACAGAAAUUUGAUCCUCUUUUAUACAUUUUGGUGAGUUUUUUGGGUAUCAGAUAUCAUUUUUUGAAUGUUUUCCCUAAUUGUGUAACAUGCUGAAAAAAUUAUCACGUUUUUCCAGUUUUUCCCAUGCUGAAAGUUCUAUAUUGUACCUGAAAUCUGAUGCCCAGUGAAUCAUCGCUGGCCUCACAAUCUCAUCCUCAGUUUCCCUUUGCUUUAUCAUUUCUUUCCUAAUAUGGAAAGAGAAUCCACCACCUUCUGAGGUUAGGGAAUCGGGGAGUGGGAGCUGUCCGGGACACUUUCACAAUAAGGGUCUGUGCCAGGGUCCAGAAAGUUCACUGAGGGAUAUAGAUUAUAUACAGUGGUACCUCGGGUUACAGGUGCUUCAGGUUACAGACACUUCAGAUUACAGACUCCGCUAACCCAGAAAUAGUGCUUCAGGUUAAGAACUUUGCUUCAGGAUGAGAACAGAAAUCAUGCGGUGGCAGCAGGAGGCCCCAUUAGCUAAAGUGGUACCUCAGGUUAAGAACGGUUUCAGGUUAAGAAUGGACCUCCAGAACUAAUUAAGUUCUUAACCCGAGGUACUGCUGUAUUCUGGUUGUGCCAGUUGCAUUGAUGCCAUUCUGUUUCGUAAUAAACCACGGGGCAAGUUCUGGUUGCCCUGUGCUCCUGACCGGCCGCUCUGCCCCUCUCCGCAGCCCCUGAUGGUGUGCUGCAGUUUGAUCACCUGUUGCUGCUGCUGCUGCUGCUGUUGCUUCUGCUGUGGGAAGUGCCGCCCCCCAGAGGAGGAGGAGCCCUACAAGUACGUCAACCCCGAAGACCUGGAAGCCCAGAUCCGUGCUGAGAACGAAGGUAUGACUUUGAAGGAGGGGGCGGGCUUUCUUUUUUGCUAUCUUUGGGUGCUGACCCUUUGAAGCUACAACUAAUCCAGAAUGCGGCAGCUACACUGGUGACUGGGAGCAGCCGCCGAGACCAUAUAACACCAGUCCUGAAGGACCUACAUUCGCUCCCAGUACGUUUUCCGAGCACAAUUCAAUGUUGGUGCAGACCUUGAAAGCCCUAAACGGCCUCAGCCCAGUAGACCUGAAGGAGCAUCUCCACCCCAUCAUUCAGCCCGGACACUGAGGUCCAGCGCAGAGGGCCUUCUGGCAGUUCCCUCCCUGCAAGAAGCCAAGUUACAGGGAACCAGGCAGAGGGCCUUCUUGGUGGUGGCACUUGCCCCGUGGAACACCCUCCCAUCAGAUGUCAAAGAGAAAAACAACUAUCUGACUUUUAGAAGACAUCUGAAGGCAGCCCUGUUUUAAUGUUUGAUAUUACUGCUUUUUUAUUAUUGUUCUUGGUGUUCUGUUGGGAACCCACCAGAGUGGCUUUAUUUUAUGGAGGGGAGUCCGUGGGGUUUGCAUCUCUGCCAAGGGCCUGGAGGGGGAAUUGCCUGCUCCUGGGCCAGCCUUUGGGGGUCUCUUGACGGCAGCUGUGCUUCUUUCCUUCCCAGCAGGCGGCGGAGAUGCCAUCCGUAUGCAGCCCACAGCCAGCGCCUCCUUGCACACCACAGAUGAGACACAGCGGCAGCACAAGCCCUGACCCGUAAGCAGAGCGGGCGCCCUUGUCGGGGGGGGGCAGUGGCAGGGGGAGGCUCCUCUGGGGAGGGGGGUCGCGUGGGAAAGGGACCCCAAGGGUCAUCCGUUCCAGCCCCCUGCAGUGGCGGCAACCACAGCCAAAGGUGGCUUUUCCUGCAAUCCCUGCGGGAGCUGCUACUUCCCAGGACUUGUAGGCAGAAACACCCCACACAGAAAGAGUCUUCGCCUGGCUCUGAGGGCUGAAGCCUUUGAAGCAGCUUUGAGGGGGAGACGAGGAGAAGCCCCUGCCGAGCAAAAGGCUGGUCGGUGGGUCUCAGUUGGCCAUUUAAUGCCCAGCUCACAUGGUUGGCAUGCCUGGAACAGAUCCAGGCAAAUGAUGCAGCCAAACUGGGUGGGUCAGUUGGCAAUCUGCAGCAGGGGCUCCAUAGUUUCGUAGGGACCCCCAAAGUCCUGCAGUGCAGGAAUCUCAGCUAAAGAACCCCGAGCAGAUGGCCACCCAACCUCCAAUGAAGACGAGUUGCUUGCAGCCCCUUCCUCCCCCACCAGGAGGGUUUGGGGGGCUGCUGGGGAGGGGCUGGUCUCUUUCCUGCUGCUUGGCAGGGGUGCUGUGCCAGACAAGGCCCUGCUCAGGUCCUGAGGGUGCCCUUGGGGGUUGGCAGGCUCUAUGGGGUAUGCCAGCCAUGGCUGCGAGCAUCAGAGGGCACCCCGCCCUCUCUCUCUCCUGCUCCCCCUCCUUUGCUUGCAGAGGAGAGGACUCGGGGUGACGCUUGGCUUUGGGGGUUCCUGGCCAGGAUGGCUCUUCUCUGGCUCGGCCUCCUCGGUCGGAGGAAGCGACACUUGUGCCACCAGUUACUGGAAACUGCAGGAGAGGAGAGUCUCUCUUGCACCCGGAUACUGCUUUGGGGCUUCCCAAUGGGGAAUCUGGGGGUCCCCUUGGGCCUGAUCCAGCCUCCAGGCUCCCUGCAGGUUCUGAGAUCCAAGCUGCUCCUCCAGUCCUUCUGCCAGGCCCCCCCAUCUCUCACCCCCCUCUUCUCUCUUCCCUGCAGAGUUCAGCUGACGGUCAGAGCACAGCCUCCCCUCUUCUGCAGCCAUUCCAGAGACCACCCCCAGGCCCACAUGGCUGAGUCAGGCCCGCCGCUGCACUCUGGGGCAGAGAGACCCCCACCCCCCACCCCGGGGGACCACACGCCUGGCUGA